GACACUAUUUGAAGUGAAAUUCUCCUUCUUCUUCUUACUAAACUAGUUAUUUUUUGCAGUAAUAGUGAUUGAGGUGUGAUAGUGUUGGACACGGCGCUAUUGAAAUGUCCUUUGUAAGGGAGUCUGUUGGUUAAACAAGAAAGGAGAACUUGGACUGUAUCGGGAACAUUAUUAUCGCAAGAAAGCUAUUAAAAAGAGAAUCAAUCUACUUCCAUAAGUCCCCAAACAUGGAUGAUGACAAUGGAACAGAGGAAUUGACUGCUGAGGAAGUUUUAUUGACACAGCACCGUAAGGAAAAGAAGGAAUUACGAGCAAAGAUCCAGCAGAUAAAAAAGAAUAAUAAGGACAAGAAAAAUAAGAAAGAAGGAGCUGAACAGAUAGCACGAUUGGAAGAAGAAAUGACACAGCGGCAUGAGAAAGAACUUGAGGAACUGAAAAACUCUACUGAACAGGUGGAAGCUGUAACAAAUGGUGUAGCUGAAUUGGAUGUGGAGGAGAAUUGCAGUGAACAGCCCAAUGAUGCAGACGAAAAUGAAGAUGAUGCUGAGGAUCUUAACCAAGGAAGAAGAAUAACCAAGGCAGAGAAGCGACGUCAGAAGAAGGCCAAAGCAAAUCGUGAACGAGAAGCCAGAAUAAAAGAAGAGAGAUCUAAUCUCAAGUUUAGUGCAAGGAACAUUGAGGCUGAGAAGAUGAAGAAAAUCCUACAAGAACGAUCAUUAAAAAUGCAUGAGAUCCAGCCUGAUGGCAAUUGCAUGUAUGCAGCCAUUGCUCAUCAAAUGGGAAAGGAUACCACAGUUGAGACACUAAGGUCGCAGGCUGGCCAGUUCCUGCGAGUUAAUGCAGAAGAAUUUGCACCAUUUAUUACGGACCCCAAAACGGGUGACAUGCUGACAGCAGAGCAAUUUGAAGAAUAUUGCAAUCAGGUUGAAAACUCUCCUGCAUGGGGAGGUCAGCCAGAGUUGAGAGCAUUGUCCCAAGCAAUGAAGAGAAGAAUUGAAGUGUUGCAGGCUGAGGGAGCACCCAUUAUCUUUGGAGAAGAAUGUGACAAGGACAGAUCCAUUCUCCUUGCAUACUAUCGUCACUGCUAUGGAUUAGGAGAGCAUUAUAAUUCUGUUGCAAAGAUUGUUCUAGAAAAUGAAGAUCAAGAAGAACAAUGAGAAUAGCUUAUUCUUUUUUAUAUGAGUGAGUGUUGUCAGGGUUAAUAAACUAGAAUAUCUAUUGAUUAUAUUAGUGGUUUAUUAAGUUCAUGAAGUGACUUUGAAUUUGUUACUCCGUACUUCUGUUUUUGUGGUGCUUGGGUUGUCAGAAUGUGAAUAUGGUUCGUUUCAGGUAAAAGUAGUAAUGAAUGAAAUAGUUAACUGUAGAAAAGAGGAAAAUUAAUGGGAAAUGGGUUAUUUAUUAGAUUCUUGUGAUAUUCAGAUAAUUUAAAGGCUUAGUAUUAAUCACCCAUAGAAAAAUAGAAAAGAAGUGCAAGAGAAAGAGGAAGAAAAGUAAAGAAGUGAGAGAGAGAAAGGGGGAUAGAAGUAAGAGAGGAGGAGGGGGAAGAAUUAAAGGAGAGAAAGGGAGAGAGAAGUAAAGAGAAUGAGAAAGAAAGUGUGAGAGAGAUAGAAGUUUUACUUUCCUCUUAUAGUAAUGUGGAUCUAUGCAUAAUCAGCAUUUGUGUAAAAGAACAAAGGAGUUUUAUGUUGUCAGAGCAGUUGGAUGAAAGAUUUUAAUGUUGUAAUAAUCUCUCUAUUUCCUAUUCAUAUUUUUAAGCAGAUAAGAUUGCAUUUCUAUCCCCUGUGACCAUAAAAAAAAUUGCAAAGUGCUUCCUCUGUCCUUCCUUUAUUCAUAACACUGCCAUGAUAAGCAUGACAGAAAAGUCUAAAGUCAACAAUAUUUAGUCAGAAAUAUUUCUUUUUCAAUCAUUUCUUCCCCGUUUGUUGUCGUCAACUUCAUCUUGGUAUUCUCAAACUCAUUCAUGUUCUGUAAUACUGAGAAUGAAUAAAGUAUGAAGAGAA